AUGCAGGACUCUUUGGCGACAAAGGUGGAAAUUUCUGCUAUGAAGAUGGGUACGAAGGUGGACACUUUGGCUACAAAGGUGGACAUCUCGGAUAUGAAGAUGGCUACGCAGGUGGACGUUUCUGCUAUGAAGGUGGCUACGAAGGUGGACACUUUGGCGUGGAAGGUUGAGCGUGUGGACAGCAGGCUGGACGCUGUGCAGAUGAACCUCCGCAAGGACCUGGAGAUCCUGAAGGGUGUUGUGCAGGAAAUUAAGCACAUCCUCAAGAAGCUCGAUGCCAAAGGCAACUGA